AUGUUUUCAUUAUAUCUUCAUCUUGUUCUAAUUGUUGCAGUUACUGGAUCUCAUUAUAGAGGUGGAGCUAUAUCAUAUACAAUUCGUGCUAUUCCUGACAAUAUAACAGAUGAUGGUCAACGAAUACCAGUACGUAUCACGCAACGACAUUCAUGGCGUCGUUCUGUUCAUUUUUGUAAUGAUACAUCUCCAAAUUCGGGACAUUUAAUUGGAGAAGGUAUACUUAUCUCGAAUUCAAAUCAGAAUAUGUCAUCGACAAUAAUUCCUCCAAUUGAUGGUCGAGUACGAUGUACAGAUUAUAAUGAAAAAUUUGAUUACAGUAGUGGUGAAAAUUCAACUGAUAUUCUUUUACCUAUCAACAGUCAAAUUGAAUAUGUAUAUCAAGGAUGUUGUUGGAUUCAACUCUUAUCACACAAUUUAGGAUCAAAUUGGGCAUUAAGAUUAGUCGUUAAUACAAAUCGACGUGUCGAUGGAACAUUGAAUAAUUCUCCUAAAACAACAAUGAAUCCAAUUGUUCAAGUUGAACUUGGUAAGACUCAUGUUAUUCGUAUUCCAAUGGCUGAUAGUGAUGGUGAUCCAAUACGAUGUCGAUGGGGAAAUUCAGCAGAUGAAUGUGGAAGUAUAUGUACACCAAAAUGUAUUCUUCAAUCAAAUCCAUGCGAAUUAACAUACACAUCUCUUCAACUUGGUUAUAAUGCUGUUGCUAUAGUAAUUGAAGAUUUUGAUACAAAUAAUAAUGUUCUUUCUGCAAUUCCAGUUCAAUUUCUUAUUCAUAUUGUUAAUGGAACAACUGCAUGUAAUUGUACUGAACCACCUAUUUAUAUUGGUGAAUGGUCACCAGAUUCAUGUAUUGGUGUUGAAAUAAAUACAACAAUUAAUGCAAAUAUAAAAAUACAUAUGCCAUGUGAGAAUCCAUGCAUAACUUUACAAGAUAUUUUGACUAUAUCACCAGUUGGUCUCAUAAAAGGAGAAAUAACUCCUGAUCUAUCUAAUCCAUAUGUAUAUACAAUGCCAAUUGAAUGGACACCUGAACCAGAUCAAUAUGGUAUACAUCAAUUAUGUGUAACACCUGUUGAUUCUCAACAACAAAUAGGUUCUCAAGUAUGUUUGACAUUCCAAGUUGAUGUUCGUCCACCAGAAUUUAUACGUAUGAUACCUAUGGGUUUAAUAUCUACUACUCAAUCAUCAUGGACAAUUGAAACUGAUCAGAAUAUUGUAAGACCAAGACGACCUAGUGGAGUUUAUAUUCGAUUUUUUAAACGUUCUAAUAAUGAAGAAGUUUAUCGUAUUGAUGUUGCUAGCGAUAUUACUGUUAUUUAUCAAUCAAGAAUAAUAACAUUUUUUACAACAGAAUAUACGUGGGAACAAAAUGAAGAAUAUUAUAUUUUGUUAGAUAGUGGAGUUGCUACUCUUAAUGAAUCAUGUGGUAUUGAAUCAAAUCCUAUUAAUAAUCCUAAUGUAUGGACAUUUCGAGUAGCAGGAACUGAAAUUACUACUUCUACUAUUGAACAAUUCACUACGACGAUAACAAGAGAACAAAGUACUUCUCCUCCUCAAUUUGCAUGUCCACGAUGGCUUACUUUUGAUACAAUAUCUAAUGAAAGUACAAAUAUUAAUGAACCAAAUUUUAUUUUUUGUUUUAGUGUCAAUACAACAUUAGCUGAUGUCACAAUAUCAGCUAAUACAUGGGUAUCUUGUAGAAUGUGGAAAUUAUUAGGUGCUGCUGAUCCUUUAAUUGAACUCUAUUUGGAACAAACUGACGAAUUUUUAGCUCAAAAUGAUGAUGGCAAUAGUUUUGCAUUACAGAAUUGUUAUGCAGCUGUAUUAAGUUAUCGUCUACAAAAAGGUUAUUAUCGUGUAAUCAUCCGAAAUCCUAAAUGUGCAUACGGAAAAUUUGAAUUACAAUUAUUAGCUGAAAUCAAUCAAAAUCUUAAAUAA